AGAAAUAUAUUGAGACCAAAUUCAAAACAUGGAAAAUAAAGAUUUAUCAAGUUUAUUACGAAAGUUGAUAAAAACCGCUUUCCUUGUUGUCGUUUGGAUAUGUAUAGGUCUUUGUCUCGAAAUCACCGGGCCUACACUGAUCGACCUCAAACUAAGAACACACUCAAACUUUGAAGCAGUGGCAACGGCCGUUUCUGGACGAAGCGCCGGGUUUUUCAUCGGUUCUGCACUAGGGGGCGUUUUGGUAGACAAACUAGGGCGAUUUUCGGACUUGAUUCUUGCCAUAAGUUUAGACUUGAUGGCAGGGUUUACGGCGGCACUACCCUGGGCGCGGAUGACGGAGCUUAUGUUUGCCAUCAGCCUCUGUGCUGGCACAUGCGAAGGCGUCAUCAAUAUCGCUGGUCAGAAACUGAUCAUAAACAUGUGGCAAGAGAAGUCUGCCUCGCCGCUACAUCUUCUACACGCUGGGUUUGGUUGUGGAUCGUUCAUCAUCCCGCUUAUUGCAAACCCAUUCUUGGCUGUCCUGAGGGGUGCAGAUAACAACUUAUCGGACAUCUCAACGUUAGCGCCAACUACAACGGCAGAACCGGUUUACCUAAAGCAAUCAAGAAUAGAAUACGCUUAUGCAAUCGCUGGAAUGAUCGUAGUUGUUGUGUCAUUUGUGUUUUAUGUGUACCAUUUCACCGGAAUACGGGACAGUAAAGCCGUUGUUAAAAGUGAAAGUGAAGGGGAUACAUCCAAGCCAUUAUCCUUUCGUCAGAUGUUCAAUCCUGCAACAUGUACGGGUGGACGGUUUUUCUACGGAUUGGAAAUCUUUGUAUUGGUAGCGUUGUUCUUUUUCCAAGCCACGGGCGGUGAACGUGUAGGUGGGAAAUUUAUACGUACGUUCGCAAUUGACUAUCACAAAUUCUCCAAUGAUGACGGUACCUACAUAAACACGGUAUUUUGGAUAACCUUCACUUGCGGACGCGUGGCAGGUUUUGUCGCUGCAAAUUGGAUACCAAUUCGCAUACUGAUACUUAUUGAAACAGGCGGUUGUCUUGCUGGAUCGAUCGCACUAAUGUUUUUUGGUACCAGCGGGCCUCUUGCAUUGUGGGUGAUAAUGCCAAUAUUAGGGUUUUUCAUAGCCCCACUUUUCCCAUCCGGAAUAGGCUGGGCUAACUUCCACAUUGACGUCACCGGAAUAGCGAUAACCGUGUUCUUACUUGGUGGAUCUGUAGGUGCACUCGUAUAUAUGAAGGUCAUUGGAUUUUUGUACGACAACUACGGUCCAAAAAUGUAUAUAUACACAUUGCUUGCGUACGGUAUCGGUGCAUUUGUGCUUGCAGUGCUUAUGGAUCUGGUCGGAGCUCAACAUGGCAAUCGUUUCAACUGGAAAAAAGAAGAAAAGGACAUCCCCGUCGAGGGACAUAUAUCCGAGGACGUUAAUGAAAUAAAACUGUGAUUAUCAAACAUCACAUUCCAUCACUACCGUUCAUGGAGUUUUCGAUCGUGUUUAAAAAAAAAACGUUUGCAAAAUGUUAUAUAAUAUAACGCACAAACCCAAACGGAUAAGCUUUUUUUGUCUAAAUUUGACUUUUCUUUCUCAUUUAUAUUUAUCAUAGAGUAUAAAUAUGUUUAAUGCUUAUUCUAUCAUUACGGUUAAGAACACACUCACACACACGGGCGCGUUCGCGCACGCGCACACGCACACACAGCAAAUGGAUAUUUGUGUCUGUUAAUAAUUGUUACGUUAAUUUCAGUAUUUCCCAUCUUUUUGGUUGUGGGCAUCGUACAUAUCAUUUUU